UUACACGUUCACAAGCAAUGACUCGGAGGCAGCGUUUAGAAAAAAGGGCGAAAGAGCUUGGCCAGUGUACCCCUGCAGAGAAGCGACCUUUGGUGGAGGAUGGUAGCAAAAUUGGUAGACAUUAUGGCACGAGCAACGCUGGAAGAAACGGAAGGCAAGAUCUGCACGUGAUGGAAAAACCGGUGGGGUCCAAGUAUGGCGACGACAGCAGUGGGAAGAGUGAUGUUUGUCACAAUACUAGCACCGAUCAAGGUCCUCAACGAACACUGCAAAAAGUAGAGGAGACAUUACCUCCCCUUAACGCAAACCUAAAGCAUAACAGAAAUUAUCAGAAAGUGAACCAAUUAAUGAUGAGAUCGCCUGAACAUAGACCUCGCAACAAGGACAAAAAACAAACGAUUCCAUACGCAGGACCUGAAAACCGAAUAUCUCGGUUUUGUGUUUUAAUGAUAUUGCUCGGUUUAGCAGUUAUUACAUUGCUGGCUGUCUUUGUUUAUUUUCUAUCUGGUUCAAGCGAUACAAAAACUGCUGAUGGUGGCGGUCAUUCGCAUGUUGCGGCCAAUAUGUUCAACAAAAACGGCAGUGUUAACUACCUCGUACCAAACGCAGCAUCAGCUGAAGUACCAACAAGAUGGGAUAUGAACAUUAUUUUGGUACUUGUUACGAUAGCCGUGCUUGUAACAGUAGUCUUCGUUUUGUGCGUGAUUUUAUGUUAUUUAAAGAAUAGAAAAUUACAAUUUGUUAAACAAACGUUACCAUCAUCAUCGCGUUCUACUUCAAGAGAAAGUUUGGCAGAAAAUCGUAUACAUUACCCAGCUGAUAAGUUGAGUUACUUUGAAAAGAAAGUCGACAAAAUAGAAACAGAAAGUUUGCUGAAGAAUGGAACUGAUUUAAAACUGGACCACAUGUCUGAAAUUUCAGAAGAGAGUUCCAACAAAACUACAGCUUAUGGCUCAAAUAAAAUGGGUAAGAAAAAAGAAUCACCUGUCUUUUGUCCCAUUGAAGAGAUUGACUCCAUUGAUGAAGACCAAAAAGUCAAAGAAGCUAAAUGUUUUAAAGAUAGCAUGUCUCUCGAAGGAAAAGGAAUAACUUUCACGACUGAAAAUGAAUUUCGAGCGGAAAUUGAUGUUUACCAGAUAGAAAAGUGUAGACCAGUUACAAAAGGCAAUUUAUCGACAAGCGGAAAUCUACAAGGAGAUGAAUGUGCCAAUGCAAGAUUAAACUGGGACCAGAUAUUUUCAUAUCUAGCCUUUCAUAUGCCACAAAGAAACAGUACUAUGUUCUUUCAACAACUGUACGGCUAUGGACUUAAUAUGCUACAAGAAGGAACGUCAGCCCUUAACAUCAUAACACAGGUUGAAAAAAAUUGCAAAGAUGAUAAAUCUCAGUCAAUUCUUCUUCGCCAGUUUCAUGAAUGGAGACAGCUGUUAGGAAACGAAGCCAGAAUAUCUCACAUCAAAGAUGCUCUGUCAAAUAUGGGCUAUAUAGAAAUACUGGAAAACUUCGAAAAAUAUGUCAGGUGUAAUGCUAGCAAUAAGUUAUCAAAUUUACGUUAA